AUGCGUUUUUAUAUUCUAUUAAUUACAAUCAUAUUUCAAUUUGCUUCUGCAGAACUUAAUGAAAAUGAUUAUUAUAAGUUACCAAAAUUAUAUGAUAUGGACGAUUAUAAAUUAUGUGAAAUUAAAGGACAACCGUAUCAGUAUUGUAUUUUUGAAAUUAAUUUAAUUCCAAUUUCCACAAAUACGAGUUCAGUUUUGUGGAACUUAAUUCAGGAAAAUAAUGCCGAUAAAUUAAAAUUUCGACGUGAUGUGCUUGAAAUGGGACGUUGUAUACAAGUUGGAAACGAAACUGAUCUUGAGUUUCAUAAAAAUAUUUUCAAAGCAAAGUUUGAACAGGAUGAGUUAAGUGUGUUGAUGAAAAAAGUGCAAUGUAAAAAGUUCGAGAUAAAACCUUUCGAUUAUUUAGAUAUUACGGCAAUUGUAAUUUUAGGAUUGAUUUUCUUAUCUGUGAUAAUUUCAACAUUAAUCGAUAAAAAUAUGCCUGAUUUAAGAAAAACUUCUUUUGCCUUAAAAUGUGUAUUAUGUUGGUCGUUAAUAAAAAAUGUGAAACAGUUAACAACCAUAAAAAACUCUCGUGAUUUUUGA